AUGGAUCGGAGUUGGAUGUAUAAAAAACGCAAUACACUUGAAUAUGUUCAUGGGGUUCAAGAGUUUGUUAAAAUUGCCGAGGAAUAUGCAAGUAAAAUUGGUGAAAAUUAUAUAGUGUGUCCUUGUUAUGAUUGUAGAAAUCUAAAAAAGUUUCGUAGUUCUGAACAAAUUAAGGAACAUUUGAUACGUCGUGGUUUUAAGAUAGGAUAUGACCGGUGGAUAUGGCAUGGUGAAACUGUCCUUACUAGUAACAGUACAAAUCAAAGAGAAUGUAGAAAAAAUCAAGAGAAAGAUCAAAGUAAUGAAGAUAAUGUUAGAAAUGAUGGAGACAAUGAUCGGCUAGAUGAAUUGAUGCGGGAUAUGCAAGGGGAUUUGAAUCAAAUGCCUCAAGAGUUUGAAAGUUUUUUUGAGAGUUCUGGAAAACCUUUGUUUUCUGGAUGUAGUAAAUUUACAAAGUUAUCAGCAGUGCUUAAAUUGUAUACCGUAAAAGCAAAACAUAGGUGGAGUGAUAAGAGUUUCACGGAGUUAUUAGAGCCUUUAAAGGGCAUGCUUCCAAAUGAGAAUGAACUUCCUAGUUCAACUUAUGAGGCAAAGAAAAUGUUAUGUCCGUUGAGUAUGGAGAUUGAAAGGAUCCAUGUAUGUCCAAACGACUGUAUUUUGUAUUGGAAUCAAAACAAAGACUUGCAUGUGUGUCCAAAGUGUGGAGCAUCGCGUUAUAAACGAAAAGGGCUCGAUGAUGCAUGUGAGCAGAAGAAAGGUCCUCCAGCGAAGUUGUUGUGGUAUCUACCGGUGAUUCCAAGAUUCAAACGUUUGUUUGCAAAUGCAAAGGAUGCGAAGAAUUUGCAAUGGCAUGCUAGUGGGAGAAAAGAAGAUGGAAAGUUGAGACAUCCUGCCGAUUUUCCUCAGUGGAAGAACAUUAAUAAGAAGUUUCCUGAUUUCGGUGCUGAAAAUCGAAAUCUUAGGCUUGGACUAUGCACGGAUGGAAUGAACCCUCAUGGUAACAUGAGCAGUCGCCAUAGCACUUGGCCAGUUCUCUUAACAGUUUACAAUCUUCCUCCGUGGUUGUGUAUGAAGCGCAAGUACAUCAUGUUAUCAUUGCUAAUAUCUGGUCCUAAACAACCAGGAAACGACAUAGAUGUGUACUUAGCACCGCUUAUUGAAGAUUUAAAGAUGUUGUGGAGUGUAGGUGUGACAGUAUUUGAUGCUCAUAGUCAAACCAACUUCACUUUACGAGCCAUGCUGUUCUGCACAAUCAAUGACUUCCCAGCAUAUGGUAACUUGUCAGGGUAUACUACUAAAGGGGCUAAGGCAUGCCCUGUUUGUGAAGAUGAAACAGUUGAUCUUUGGUUGAACAACAGUAGGAAAAAUGUGUUCAUGAGUCAUCGAACCUUUUUACCUAUUGACCAUCCUUAUCGAAAGAGGAAAAAAGCUUUCAAUGGAAAAUCUGAGACUGGAGUUGCUCGCUUACCAUUAUCAGGGGAUGUUGUUUAUGAUCGAGUGAAAAACAUUGAUAAUGUGUGGGGAAAAACUUCAAAAACAAGUCAAAAGGGUAUUUGGAAAAAGAGGUCUAUAUUGUGGGAUUUACCAUAUUGGGAGCACUUAUCUGUUCGACAUUGUCUUGAUGUAAUGCAUGUGGAGAAAAAUAUUUGUGAUAGCAUUAUCGGGACAUUGUUGAAUAUUCAAGGUAAGACGAAAGAUGGUAUUAAAGCUAGAAAAGAUAUGGUAGACUUGGGGAUAAGGACUCAAUUAGCAGCACAAGAAUCUGGAAAGAGGGCAUACUUACCUCCAGCUUGUUAUACUCUGUCUAAAAAGGAAAAAACAAGUUUUUGUAGCUGUCUAAAUGGUGUCAAGGUUCCUUCUGGCUAUUCAUCUAACAUUAAAAAGCUUGUUUCAAUGAAGGACCUUAAAUUGGUUGGUAUGAAAUCACAUGAUUGUCGUGUGCUAAUGCAACAUAUGUUACCUAUUGCUAUUAGAGGCAUAUUACCUAACCAUGUUAGACAAGCAAUUACAAAGCUUUGCUACUUUUUCAAUGUCAUUAGUAGUAAAGUUGUUGAUCCUGAGGUGUUGGAUUCUUUGCAAGCUGAUGUGGUAGUAACUUUAUGCCAGUUUGAAAUGUAUUUCCCUCCAUCAUUUUUGGAUGUUAUGGUGCAUUUAACAGUUCACUUGGUGUGGGAAAUUAAAAUGUGUGGUCCUGUAUUCUUGAGGUAUAUGUAUCCAUUUGAGAGAUACAUGGGAAUUUUGAAAGGAUAUUCCAUUGGUGUUUCUAAAUCACGUCAUGAGGGAAGACUCACAGGAAAAGGUACCAUUGGAUUUAAAACACAUGUCCCAAGUCAAAUAAUCAGAAAUCAAGCACAUCAUCUCGUACUGCAGCAGCUUUCUGAGGUUCAUCCAUAUUUGGAACAACACUUGUCUAUUAUAAGGCAACAAAAUCCUUCUAAAGGUGAAAUGUGGGUGACAAAAGAACACAAUUCUACAUUUAUCACAUGGUUCAAAGAUACAGUGAUGCAAGAGUUAUCUCAAGUGCCAAAUAAUAUCACUGAAACCAUUAGAUGGUUAUCGUUUGGCCCUAGAUUUGUUGUGAGCACUUAUGAGGGAUAUGAUAUUAAUGGGUAUAUGUUUUACACAAAAUGUCAAGAUCAAAAAAGUGUAGUGCAAAAUAGUGGAGUGACAUUAGUAGCACAAUCAAUAGAGUAUUCUAGUGCUAAAGAUACUAACCCGGUAGAUGCUACUAUGUCAUACUAUGGAGUCAUUGAUGAAAUCUGGGAACUUGAUUAUAAGCUAAACAAGUCUUCUAUGUUUCUAAUCCUAUUGAUAGUAAGUGGUCAAUUGUCUUACAAGGCAAAAGAAGUAUUGUUGGUGUUGGUGAUGUUGUUGAUGAAGAGGAAUAUGACCAAUUUGAUGAAACCCCACCAUUUUCUAUUGGUAUAUAUAUACAUGGCUGACGAUCACACAGAUCCGUUGGUGGAGGAAUCUUCAAAGGGAACAGAGAACAAAGUGCGUAAAGCAAGAGGAGCUACAACUUGUAGUAAAAUCUUAAAGAAGAGACCAGAGGAUGAGUCUAAGGUAAUUGAGUUUGAUGAGAAGAAUAGGCCUUUUGGGCCAAAUGCAAGGAAGUACUCAAAUUACCUUGGCCUUAUGGUUCGUACUCACAUAGACAUAAACAUUCCACACUGGCGUCUUGUUCCAACUGCGGUUAAAGAUGCAGUCUGGGAUGAACUUAAGAAAGAGUUUAAUCUCCCUGAGUCAAGAAGAAGUCAUAUUUUGGUCCAUGCACGGAUACGUUCGAAAGAUUUCAAAACAAGAUUGGUGCGUGACUUCAUCAACAAACCGAAUGAAAAAUAUAGCUCUCCCUGCCAACAGUCAAAAGUAUAG